GUACUGGGUGGAGUCAAAAGUGGUUCCUCGUGGUUCAGGUCUGCACGAUGUUUUUCAAAAUAACCAACUUAAAAUGUGAACAUUUUCAUACAUAAUUUUAUUUUUGAAUCCAUCUUGACAGUUGGAAAAUAAACACUGGUACUAAGAUAUCUAAGAUAUACUAAGAGCAGAAUAUCAAUAAUAUCCAGCGUCAAAUUAGAAGCAGCACCAAGUUCUAUAUACUGUCCAAGGGUAAAUCAAAACAGGAUACAAUAAAGGACAUUCAUCAAGUUUAUGGAAAGGACGCUAUAUCUACCCCUGGCAUAUAUCGUUGGUACCGCUAUUUCAAAGAGGGAGAAAGUCAGUUGUAGAUGAACCCAGACGGGGGUGACUAAAAGCUGUAACUUCUCCUUGUCAGAGUGAGUACAAUAAAAGAAAUGUUGGAUAAAUUCCUAUCAGAAAAAUUGCAGACAUGACUGAUUCAAGUGUUGGUAUGAUGAUUUAGAAAUGACAUUGAUCCUUUCGCUCAACCCAGCACCACCUUUCAUCCCGGGACCUUCAUGUUGGACCGCAGUCCUGUAACGUUCACAGUACAUCGGUAUAACACUCAACAAUGCACACUAGAAAAAUUAGUAAGAUAUAUGAAAAAACAAAAAAGGUUCAGCAUUUUUAUUAUCAGUACUUAUUGAACGCCCUGUAUCUGACCCGAACGAGCCACAUGGUGGUGAAACUGGUAACUACCUACUCACAUGUGCGUUAUUCAUGCAACCAUUGAGGGAAUGAUUUAAAUCUAUUCUGAAAACAUCAAAGCCGAAAAAGCAAAAAUGAGGCAAGGUCUUUUGAAAACAGAAAUGUCAAACAGACGUACAUGUAUAGUGUGUCUUAUUGUAAAAUAUGUUAUAUUAUCCCUUUAAAUCUGGUAAUUUGUUUGUCAUUUUUAGAACGUUAAGUUAUAGGGAUGGGAGAAAUGUUAUUUGGUGCUACUGUUGACUUUCAAAUGAUAAAUCAUGUCUGAUUAAUGAUAUAGGGUGACACGAAAAUGAAACGCAAUUUUUAAAGUAAUUAAUUGUUAUAAGAUAAAAAUUCAACCUGAUUUCGAGUACUCGAUGAUAUAUUCUAUUAACCUCUCUACCUUUGUAAGUUCAACUUUAAAGAGCCGUUGAUCAACAUGUUGAAUUGUAGAGGUCCAUGGAGAAAUGUCGGAUUUACAAAUUUCACUCCCUCUAGAAAUGAGAUACCAAUGUUCACGGGACCAUAUUUUUCUUUGCCGAGUGGAGCGAACCAAAAGCCUCGUAAUAAAUCUAGCAACGGAUCAGACAUUCGGGGUAAAGAUGAUAUUGAAUAUAAGAGAUUGUCGGAUUUUGUGAGCCAUGUGGCGCAAAAGGUUGACAUUUGGAGAAAAUACAAAGAAGAAGAUCUUAUCAAACAUGCGAGUGAUGUGGAAAAGAUUGUUCAAAAUAUAUGCGCAAAUCUCGGUAAAAAUAAUCCAGCGUUCAAAGUAGUGGAAAUCAUAAAACGGGGAAGCUUCUAUGAGCGUUGUAAGAUACUUCAGCCAAACGAGUUCGACUUUCUUCCAGUAUUAGCAACAACUGAGAAUGACGUUGAAAUAGUACAUGAUGAUUUCAUGGAUAGAGGAAAAGAACGCAUGAAUGUCAAAAUCAAGCCGGGGGCUGCAAACCAAUUGCUGACCAAGUCACAACUUGAGUGUACUAGUAAGCCACGCCUAUACACUUACAACGAAUUCAUGCGUACAAUUCGGGAAGAAAUUACAGGAAAAUAUUAUGCACAAGAUCAAAAAUAUGAUACAGAAUCCGAAAGGUCUACAGUGCAGAAGAUCGCCGGUCCCGAAUGUGAAACGGAUGUGUGCGUAUCGAGUCAUCCCCAUGGCCCGAGUACAAUACUCAAGAUCGCUGGUCCUCUAUGUGAAACAAAGGUUGACCUUUGUUUCUGUUUGGAACGGAAGAUAAAAGGCAAACCUGGCCGAUACGUGAUAGUUCCGAACAUAGUUGAUCGGUGGCGCGAGUCUACAGUAGAACCUUCCAACUGUGACAAAUACACACUGAACCUUCAACAUCAGGAGCUGUUUCUCUGUCUUAAAUACAUUGCCCAUUGCGUGAAAAGAAUCGCAUCGGACGUAUUGGUGCUACUGAUGAUGACGGCCACACGAUGCCGUCCAAUUCGUUAUCAUCGUACAACAUAA